UAGCAGUCAUCUUAUUUCAUAAAAGGGUCCACACAGGGAAGAAACGAUGUAAGUGUAUGGAGUGUGGAAAUGGUUUCAGUGACAGCUGUUCCCUUACAUUUCAUAAAAGGAUCCAUACGGGAGAGAAGCUUUAUAAAUGCCUGGAAUGUGGGAAGACUUUUACUCAUAGCAGUCAACUUACUCCUCAUAAAAGGACCCACACAGGAGAGAAACCAUAUAAAUGCAAGGAGUGUGAUAAGACCUUUACUCAUAGCAGUCAACUUAUUACCCAUAAAAGGAUCCAGGAGAGGCCAUAUAAGUGCAAAGAGUGUGGGAAGAGCUUCUGUGAAAAUGCAUCCCUUAUGAAACAUGAGAAGAUCCAUGCAGGAGAGAAGCCAUAUAAAUGCAUGGAGUGUGGAAAAUCUUUUACUCAAAGCAGUAAUCUUACUUCCCAUAAAAGGAUUCAUACAGGGGAGAAGCCAUACAAAUGCAGAGAGUGUGGGAAGAGCUACAGCCACAGUGUUUCCCUUACUUACCACAACAGGAUCCAUGCAGGGGAAAAACCUUAUAAAUGUUUGGACUGUGGAAAGACUUUUACUCAGAGUAGUCAACUUACUUCCCAUAAACGAAUCCACACGGGGGAAAAGCCAUAUCAAUGCAUGGAAUGUGGAAAGGGCUUGUAUGACAAUGUAUCCCUUAUGAGACAUAAAAGGAUCCACACAGGGGAGAAGCCAUAUAAAUGUAGAGAAUGUGGGAAGGGUUUCACCCAACAGGGUAACCUUAAUUCCCAUGAAAGGAUGCACAGAGGAGAGAAGCCGUAUAAAUGCAGAGAGUGUGGAAAGAGCUUCAGUCAUAGUGGUUCCCUUACUUACCAUAACAGGACCCAUACAGGGGAGAAACCAUAUAAGUGCUUGGUGUGUGGAAUGGGUUUUACUGUUAGCAGUCACCUUACUUCUAAAAGGAUCCACACAGGAGAGAAACCAUAUAACUGCAGACAAUGUGGAAAGAACUUCAGUGAAAACUCAUCCCUUAUGAGACAUAAAAGGAUCCACACGGGGGAGAAGCCGUACAAAUGUGUGGAGUGUGGAAAGAACUUCACUCAUAGCGGUUCCCCUUCCCAUAAAAGGAUCCACACAGGGGAGAAGCCUUAUAAAUGUAUGGAAUGUGGAAAGAGCUUUACCACUAGUAGUGAUCUUACUUCCCACAAAAGGAUCCACACAGGGGAGAAGCCUUAUAAAUGUAUGGAAUGUGGAAAGAGCUUUACCACUAGUAGUGUUCUUACUUCCCAUAAAAGGAUCCACACUGGAGAGAAGCCAUAUAAAUGUAUGGAGUGUGGAAGCUUUACCAUUAGUAGUGAUCUUAUUUCCCACAAAAGAAUCCACACUGGAGAGAAGCCAUAUAAAUGUAUGGAGUGUGGAAAGAGCUUUACCAUUAGUAGUAAUCUUACUUCUCAUAAAAGGAUCCACACAGGGGAGAAGCCAUAUAAGUGUAUGGAGUGUGGAAAGAGCUUUACUACUAGCAGUGAACUUACUUCCCAUAAAAGGGUCCACACAGGAGAGAAACCCUUUAAAUUCAUGGAGGGUGGGAAAACCUUUAUUCAUAGCAAUGGACUUAGAAACCACAAAACGAUCCACACAGGAGAGAAGCCAUUUAAAUGCAUGGAGUGUGGAAAGACCUUUGCUCAACGCAAUUAUCUUGCUUCCCAUAAAAAGAUCCACACAGGAGAAAAGCCAUUUAAAUGCCUUGAGUGUGGAAAGACGUUUGCUCAAAGAGAUAAUCUUAUUUCCCAUAAGAUGAUCCACACAAGGGAGAAGCCGUAUAAAUGCAUGGAGUGUGGGAAAACCUUUAUUCAUAACAAUGGACUUAGGAAACACAAAACAAUCCACACAGGACAGAAACCAUUUAAAUGUAUGGAGUGUGGAAAGACCUUUGCUCAACGGAGUUAUCUUGCUUCCCAUAAAAAGAUCCACACAGGGGAGAAGCCAUAUAAAUGCAUGGAGUGUGGAAAGACCUUUGCUCAAAUAGGUAAUCUUAUUUCCCAUAAGAUGAUCCACACAGGGGAGAAGCCGUAUAAGUGCAUGGAGUGUGGAAAGACCUUUCCUAGAAGAGGUUAUCUUAUUUCCCACACAAUGAUCCACACAGGGGAAAAACCAUAUAAAUGUAUGGAGUGUGGAAAGUCCUUUGCUCAACGCAGUUAUCUUGCUUCCCAUACAAAGAUCCACUCGGAAGAAAAACCAUUUAAAUGCAUGGAGUGUGGAAAGACAUUUACUAAGAGCAGUGCUCUUACUUCUCAUAAGAUGAUCCAUACAGGGGAGAAACCAUAUAAAUGCAUGGAGUGUGGAAAGACCUUUGCUCAGAGCAGUUAUCUUGCUUCCCAUAAAAAGAUCCAUUCAGAAGAGAAACCAUUUAAAUGCAUGGAGUGUGGAAAGUCCUUUGCUCAGAGCAGUUAUCUUGCUUCCCAUAAAAAGAUCCACACAGAGAAACCAUAUAAAUGCAUGGAGUGCGGAAAGACAUUUCUUCGAAGAGGUAAUCUUAUUCCACUAAAACGAUCCACACAGGGGAGAAGCCGUAUAAAUGCAUGGGAGUGUGGAAAGACCUUUGCUCUACGCAGUUAUCUUGCUUCCCAUAAAAAGUCCACUCAGAAGAGAAACCUUUAAAUGCAUGGAAUGUGGAAAGAGUUUGCUCAGAAUGGUAAUCUUACUGCUCAUAAAAGGAUCCACACUCGGGAGAAAAUAUAUAACAAUACCAAUUCCACUUAGAAUUUAUAUACCAAUCCACAGCACUGCCAUACAUCUCUGUCUGAGCAGUUUACAAAGUCAGCAUACCCACCCCAGCAAUCUGGGUCCUCAUUUGACUGACCUCAAAAGGAUGAAAGGAUGAAUCAACCAUGAGCUGGUCAGAAUCGACUCCUGGUUGUGGGCGAUUACCUUGUAGUGCUGCAUUCUAGCCUCUGACCCACUAUGUUUAUUGAUUUUAUGUGUAUGCCUAUUGUGCCUUUCUGAUCCAAAUGAGACAAGAUUGAAUCCAACAAUGUGAAAUUUAAUGUAGAGAGAGAAGUAGGUUUUUCACCCUGGCAGGAAAAUAGAUUAGAUGAAACCUGGCUCAAAAACAGUAACUGUGAGAGGGGACCUUGGAGUCGAACAGAUAGUCACUUAAACAUGAGUCACCUGUGUGCGGCAGCAGCCAAAAUCCCUAUAAUCCUGGGUUGUAUAAAC